CGUCACUGCAAAAAAAAGAAGGAAACGGACUCCUCCUUGUCUCGUGGUGACGUCACGCAAACAAGACUCUGAAACCGGAAGAGGAAAUCACACCGUUAUCUGUGGAUGUUUAUUACAAAUUGAAAGCAACAAAAAAUAUAUAUAUAUAAAAAAAAUGAAUCCUCCAAUUAUCAACUCUACUAAUUCGGUGACAACUUCUACUAAAAGUAAGUUUCUGAAAAAAGGAAAGCGAGAGGCCGAGCGCUCCGUCAACUGGACAGUGGAAGAGACGCAGGUGUUGCUGUGUGCCUGGAGUGACGAGCGAGUGCAGAAGAGCCUGGCGGAGAAUGUCCGUAACCGCCAUGUUUUCAAACACCUCUCAGCCCGCAUGUGUGACUUGGGCUUCUCACGCAGCCCUCACCAGUGCCGGCUCCGCGUCAAGACCCUCAAGGCCAACUAUGUCAGAGCCAAGCUGCUGAUGAGCGUGGAUGACUCCCAACCCUGCAGUUUCAGGUACUACUCUGAGAUGGAUGCUGUGCUGGGGAGAAAUCGCGCUAUGGAAGGGACUGGAGGAGGGCGGCAUUUUGGAUCUCCUGAAGGCAUAGGAGGAUUAUUAGGAGGGUGCCAUUUUGGGUCUGAAUUGAUCGCAGAAACAGGGCGCUAUUUGGGAUCUGAAGGGAUUGGAAGACUAGGAGGAGGAUGCAAUUUUGUAUCUCCUGAGGGGACGGCAGGACAGAAGUCACGGUAUAUGGUGUCUGAGAUGAAGGUGGAGGAGGACAGGGAGGCAGACGACACAGACGACUACGAGUUCAACGAUGUAGGAAUCAUCACUCGGCCACUGGUUGGCCCGGGUGGAAGACGCCAUGAUGCUUUUCUAGAGCACAGCAACGACUAUCAUGAACCUGCUGUUCAUCCAUUGGAGGAUGACCGCAGCAACUCCAGGUCAACACCGCCACCACCCCAGCCUGCUUGCCAUUUUUCUCCACCCCCAGACCAUAGCCCCAACUUGGGCAGUGGUAUCACCAUUCCCUCCGCCCAGCCCCUAGAGCCUGUGUUGAAGCACUUGGCAGACUGCUUCCAGAGGCUGGUCUCAGAGUUCCGGGGUCUGAUGGUACAGCUGGAGGGCCAGAGGCAGGAGCAGGCUCGCUGGCAGCAGGACUUGCUCUCUCAGUGGCUGGAGAGAGAGGAGAUGAGGCAGAGGGAGGCGGCGGACAGGGAGGACCGGAGGGAGAAGGCCCGUAUGGCGCAUGAGAUCAGGGUACUGACGCUCCUCAGUGGCCUGGCCCAGAACCAGCAGAGACAGAAGCAGACACCACAUCACAGCUGCAGCUGUUGCCACCAGUGUAGCAGGGUGGAGGCGGUAGGUGGGGCUGUUCCCGGGGCCUCGACCAUCACCAGACAUGAUGAUGGAACCGAGGACAGAGACCAGAUGGAAUCAGAGGCCUUAUAGAAGAAAGGGUUGGAUACAGACCUGGGGUACAGACCUGGGGGUGGUGUGUGUGUGUGUGUGUGUGUGAGAACUCCAUGCCUUUCAGAAUGUAUGUUUAACUUCUUGCUGGAGUGUUUGGCCUAUAAGAAAUAAAUGUAUUUUUGUUGUUAAUUGUUUAAUGAAUUAACGCUGACAUUGAGGGUUCAGUGGUCUGAGUGAAACAACUGAAAUUCAGUAUUAUUCCCUCUGAAGGUGUUUGAUUUGGUUCUCUUCAUCUGGUGUACGGAAACUCAUCUGUUCUGUUUACUUUGCUGACAGUUUUGGUUUCGUUUGAUGCCUAAUGAACAUACCCCAAGUAUGUAUGGGUGGUCCUGUUGGAAAGGUCUAUCUCAGGUCUUCUCAGACACCCUGUUUUAGGAAGUCACCGUCGUCCUCAUCGUUAGGGCUACUGUCAACAUCAUCAUCAGGGCUACUGUCAACAUCAUCAGGGCUACUGUCAACAUCAUCAGGGCUACUGUCAUCAUCAUCAGGGCUACUGUCAACAUCAUCAUC